AUGGACGAGCGGCUGCUGGGGCCGCCCCCUCCAGGCGGGGGCCGGGGGGGCCUGGGAUUGGUGGGUGGGGAGCCUGGGGGCCCUGGCGAGCCUCCCGGUGGCGGAGACCCCGGUGGGGGUAGCGGGGGGGUCCCGGGAGGCCGAGGGAAGCAAGACAUCGGGGACAUUCUGCAGCAGAUAAUGACCAUCACCGACCAGAGCCUGGACGAGGCCCAGGCCAAGAAACACGCCCUAAACUGCCACAGAAUGAAGCCUGCUCUCUUUAGUGUCCUGUGUGAAAUCAAGGAGAAAACCGGCCUCAGCAUUCGAAGCUCCCAAGAGGAGGAGCCGGUGGACCCACAGCUGAUGCGUUUGGACAACAUGCUUCUGGCAGAGGGUGUGGCUGGGCCUGAGAAGGGGGGAGGCUCAGCAGCAGCUGCUGCAGCUGCUGCGGCCUCUGGGGGUGGCGUGUCCCCUGACAACUCCAUUGAACACUCGGACUAUCGAAGCAAGCUUGCCCAGAUUCGCCACAUCUACCACUCAGAGCUGGAGAAGUAUGAGCAGGCAUGUAACGAGUUCACAACCCAUGUCAUGAACCUGCUGAGGGAGCAGAGCCGCACACGGCCUGUGGCUCCCAAGGAGAUGGAGCGCAUGGUGAGCAUCAUCCAUCGAAAGUUCAGUGCCAUCCAGAUGCAGCUCAAGCAGAGUACCUGUGAGGCCGUCAUGAUCCUGCGUUCCCGCUUCCUGGAUGCCAGACGGAAACGCCGUAACUUCAGCAAACAGGCUACUGAAGUCCUAAAUGAGUAUUUCUACUCCCACCUGAGUAACCCGUAUCCUAGUGAAGAGGCUAAGGAGGAACUAGCCAAAAAGUGCGGCAUCACCGUCUCUCAGGUCUCCAACUGGUUUGGUAACAAGCGAAUUCGGUAUAAGAAAAAUAUUGGAAAAUUCCAAGAGGAGGCAAACAUCUAUGCUGUCAAGACCGCUGUGUCAGUCACCCAGGGGGGCCACAGCCGCACAAGCUCCCCAACACCCCCUUCCUCUGCAGGCUCUGGCGGUUCUUUCAAUCUCUCAGGAUCCGGAGACAUGUUUCUGGGGAUGCCCGGGCUCAACGGAGAUUCCUAUUCUGCAUCCCAGGUGGAAUCACUCCGACACUCCAUGGGGGCAGGGGGCUAUGGGGAUAACCUUGGAGGAGGCCAGAUGUACAGCCCUCGGGAAAUGAGGGCAAAUGGCAGCUGGCAGGAGGCUGUGACCCCAUCCUCAGUGACAUCCCCCACAGAGGGACCAGGGAGUGUUCACUCCGACACCUCCAACUGAUCUUGCCCCUCAGGAUCACUGGGGGUGGGGGCUCUCAUAAGGCGACUCUUGAAGAGGACGCAGGCAUCCAGAGGACAAACCCCUAACAGGAGAAGCACAAGAAAGAGAAGGGCAAAUGGGGUCAACCCUCCCCAACUAGACUCUCAGUGCUGGGGGUGCAGACUAUAUGGCAGGGAGAAUGGGGCCCCUUAGGGAACAGUGGGGUCUGUCUCCUUUUUUUCCUUUUUUGUCUUUUCUUCCCCCUUUUCUCUUACACAGAAAAAUAGACACCUAUUUCUCAGACCACUUUUUCUCAUCCCCCUUCCCCCCAUACACACCCACAUACAACUAUUCUGUUCUGUGUACUCCCCCACUUACCCUUCCCCACCCCACUAAUAUGCUCUGGAAUCUGGAGACGUCAGCCCUGCCCGAACCAGAGAUGCCAAAAAUGGGGACUCGACUUCUGGACAAAUGACAUGGGCCACGCCCCCUGUGCAUCCCCACCCCCUGCCCCUCCAGACGGCUUUAUUACCUCAUAUGCAGCUCAUCUUAAACCAAUAGAAUCGCUCGGUGGA